AUACGAUUUCAUCUCCUCCCUCCACUGCGUCUGCAUCUCUUUGGUUGCUGCUGCUACCUGCCAGUUAAUUAUAUUUCGUCUUUUUGUGAGUGAACAAGCGGAUUUAUUUAUCUUGAUGCUACACGGUUUUGUGGACAGUGUAACGUACACCUUCGACAUUUUUGGAAAUUAGCAGCUUUGUUUUAGAGACGCUUCGGUAUUUGGAAAAUUUAUAAAAACACCAUAAAUUGGUACAAGUUGUGAGUGAAUAAUUUUUUUCAACGUUUUAAAUAAUUAUUGCUGAAUAUGCGUUUAACCUUGAUACUGUCGAGUAAAGCUUACUCAUAUUUAUUGCAAAAUAAGUGUAUUAUUUUGCUUUAACAAGUUUGUUACAAGUUCGUCGUUAAUUAAUUAUUCAAACAUACAUAACAACUAAGUGCAGUGGUAAAUUUCGGGAAACGUGUUUAAUUAUAAAAAAAUAAAAUAAAAUUCUGCUAAAUAUAAUGAUUGGCGAAUAUAUUCAAGAUGUUUACAUUAUUCUCGGUUUUUGCCUUUCGUACUUUUUUCUUUCGAGAAUGUGGAGAAGAAGACGCCUUUACUACUACGCGUCUAAAGUGAAAGGACCCAUUUCACUUCCGUUUUUUGGAAGCUCGUAUGUUUUUUUUGGAGGAACUCAAAAAAUUUUUGAAGCUUUUAUCAGUUUGAACAGAAAAUACGGACACAUGUAUAAGCUUUGGUUGGGUGACGAGUUAUGUUUUGUCGUCAGCAAACACGAAGACGUACGUGUGGUUUUAAAGAAUGCCAUAGAUAAGUUACCGAGUUAUAAAUUUUUGAUUCCUGUUUUCGGAGAUGGACUUAUCACUUUACCAGGUGAUGAAUGGAAAAUGCAUCGAAAAUUUCUAAAUGUUGCAUUUAAUCAACAAAUCUUGAAUUCCUUCAUGGGGACUUUUGCGAGCCACUCAAACACACUUAUAGGUAAACUAGAAGUAGAAGCAGGAAACGAUUUGUUUGAUUUGGUCCCCAUUCUAAGUCGAUAUACUUUGGAUGUUGUUGCUGAUACAAUUCUGGGGGUGAAACUUAACACUAUAAACCAAAAAGGACACAAUCUGAUUGCAUGGACCUCGCGACUUUCAGAACUGGCCGCUAUUCGAAUGGCGAAUCCUCUUCUUCAACCAGACUUUUUGUGGAAGAAGACAUCCAUGGCCAAAGAGACUAAAAUUUUGUCGGAGAAAGUCCACGACUUUAUUAGAACAACUGUCGAAAAUAAAAGAUCUGAAAAGCUGAAAACUUCUGAAAAUAAUCCAAACAAGCAUACUUUUUUGGAACAUGUAUUUAAACUGGAAGAUGUUGAAAACAUGUGGAGCAAAGAAAUGUCUGUUGCAGAAACUCAAACGGUUUUAGUAGCAGGUGGUGACACAACAUCUCUGACGAUCGGUUAUGUUCUUAUGAUGUUAGGAAUGCAUCAAGACAUACAGAACAAAACUUACGAAGAAUUGGUUUGUGUUUUUGGCGACAGUCAACGAGAAGUCUCUCUGGAAGAUUUACACCAGUUGACGUAUCUUGAACGUGUUAUUAAAGAAACUUUGAGACUUUUCCCUAUAGGUCCCGUAUUGGGGAGACAUUUAACCAGCGAUCUUGUUUUAGGAGACUAUAUUUGUCCGAAAGGCAGUUCUAUUUUGAUUCCUAUAAUAUCUGUCCACAGAGAUGAGAAAGUGUGGCCUGAACCGUUAAAAUUUAACCCUGACAGAUUCCUCCCGAGCGAGAUAUCCAAACGACAUCCAUGUUCUUAUUUAUCGUUUAGUAUUGGACCUAGAAAUUGUAUAGGCUUUAGAUUUGCAACGAUGGCUAUAAAAACCGUUCUGGCGACGGUUUUGAGACACUACAGAGUUGUGGAAACUGAGUACAGUUCGAUUUCUGAAAUACAACUGAAGACUGAUGUUGCAACAAAGUGCGCCACCGGCCAGAAUGUUAAAUUACAAAAAAGAUUUCAAACACAAGUACACCAAGAACUAGAUUUCGUUUUUGGUGUCAGUAACAGAGAUGUCACUUUGGAAGAUCUGCUCCAACUACCACUUCUCGAGCGUGUCAUCAAGGAAACUUUGAGAAUUUUUCCCGUGGCUCCGUUAGUUGGAAGGUACUUAACCAAAGACAUUGUGUUGGAAAAUGUUGUUCUUCCAGAAGGCAGUACUGUUUAUAUCCCCAUUAUCUGUGUCCAUCGAGACGGAAAUUUGUGGCCGGAACCUCUCAAAUUCGACCCUGAUAGGUUUCUGCCAAGCGAAGUGGCCAAAAGGCACCCUUUUUCCUAUUUUCCGUUCAGCGGAGGUCCUAGAAAAUGUCUGGGUCCUAGGUACGCCAUGAUGGCUAUCACAACAGUUUUGGCGACAAUCCUGAGACACUAUAAAGUUGUGGAAACUGGAUUUGGUGCAAUUUCUGAAAUAGAAAUGAAACUUGAUGUUUCUGGUAGGUGUGUUAAAGGCCAAAAUGUUAAAUUAGAAAAAAGAGUUCUUCUUACUGGAACUUUCACGUAUCUUCUUUGCGUCUUUUUACAAGCAUGUUGGAACAAAAGACGUUUGUACUACUGUGCGUCGAAAGUGAAAGGACCUUUGGCAUUUCCGGUUAUUGGGAGCGCAUACCUAUUUUUUGGAGGAACUCAAAACAUUUUUGAAAAUUUCAUUCGUUUGGGUAAAAAAUAUGGGUACACGUAUAAACUUUGGUUGGGUAAUAGAUUAUAUUUUGUCGUCAGUAAACCCGAAGACGUACAAAUGGUUUUAAACAGCACUGUAGACAGACUGUCAAAUAUUAAAUUUUUGAUUCCAGCUUUUGGAAAUGGACUGCUUACUUUACCAGGUGAUGAAUGGAAAUCACAUCGAAAACUUCUGAAUGUCGCAUUUAAUCAAAAAAUCUUGAAUAGUUUCGUGGGGACAUUUGCCAGCUAUUCAAACGUGCUGGUUGAUAAACUAGAAGCAGAAGCAGAUGACAACUUUUUUGACUUGGUGCCUAUUUUAACUCGUUGUACUGUGGAUAUUCUUAUCGGUACAACAAUGGGUGUCAAUCUUAACAUCAUGAAAGGCGGAGGGCACAAUUUAAUUUCGUGGACUUCGCGACUUUCAGAGUUGGCCGUUUUACGAAUGGCAAAACCUCAUUUUCAACCAGAGUUUCUAUGGAAGCGGAUGUCCAUGGCUAAAGAGAGUAAAAUUCUAUCAGAAAAAGUCCAUAACUUUAUCAAAAGGAUUGUUGAAAUGAAAAGAUCUGAAACGGCGCAAAACGUUGAACUCAGUGGGACUAAGCGUAUCUUUUUAGAACAAUUACUUAAGUUGGAAGAUAGCGAAGCUAUGUGGAAUAGAGAAACGUCCAUUGAAGAAACUCAGACUAUUUUAGUUACAGGCAGUGACUCAACAGCUGUGACGAUUGGUUUUGUUCUUAUGAUGUUAGGAAUGCAUCAGGAUAUACAGAACAAAACUUACGAAGAAUUGGUUUGUGUAUUUGGUGACAGUCAACGAGAAGUCUCUCUGGAAGAUUUACACCAGUUGACGUAUCUUGAACGUGUUAUUAAAGAAACUUUGAGACUCUUCCCUAUAGGUCCCGUGUUGGGGAGACAUUUAACCAGCGAUCUCGUUUUAGACUAUGUUUGUCCGAAAGGCAGUUCCAUUUUGAUUCCUAUAAUAGCUAUCCACAGAGAUGGGAAAGUGUGGCCUGAACCGUUAAAAUUUAAACCUGACAGAUUCCUCCCGAAUGAGAUAUCCAAACGGCAUCCAUGUUCUUUUUUAUGGUUUAGUAGUGGACCUAGAAAUUGUAUAGGCUUUAGAUUCGCAACGAUGGCUAUAAAAACCGUUCUGGCAACGGUUUUGAGACACUACAGAGUUGUGGAAACUGAAUACAGUUCAAUUUCUGAGAUACAACUGAAGAUGGAUGUUGCAACAAAGUGUGUCAACGGCCAAAAUGUUAAAUUACAGAAAAGAUUACAACAAUAA